AUGGUGUCGAUCUACCGUACUGGUGCUUUCGUCGUCUUUCUAUGCACUACAGCGGCCUUCUUGCACUCUCCGGUGAAGCGUCAGAAUGAUGCAGCGCCAUUUUGCAGCGACUUCAAGAACACCCACCAAAACAUCACGUACUUGCCCGAUGAAACAAAGUACACAGAACUCAAUCAAGACUAUUUCAGCGCAACCUCGUGGCUCGGACCGGCUUGUGUCAUAGCCCCAGAGACGGCGUUGGAUGUUUCUGAUGCGGUCAAAGCACUAGUCGAAAGCCAAAUACAAUUCGCCAUCAGAGGCGGAGGCCAUAUGCCCAUUCCCAAUGCAGCCAACAUAGACUCAUCAGGAGUUCUGGUGGCCAGCGCCUCACUUAACCAGCUGAUCUUGGACGCUGAGAAAGAAACUAUUGAAGUCGGGGCGGGGCUUGUUGGUGUUCCAGGGUUCUUGCUCGGCGGUGGUAUCUCUUUCUUUAGCAACGAAUACGGCUGGGCUUCCGCGAACGUCGUUGGCUUUGAUUGCGUACUUGCAAACGGAGACAUAGCGUCGGCCACGGCAGAAAAUGAGUUUUCGGAUUUGUUUUGGGCACUCCGUGGAGGUGGAAACUCGUUCGCCAUCGUCGCAGCGUACCAUGCAAUCCUAUUCUACAAUGGAGACUCAGCUACGCCCUCCUCGCUAGACAACUUUACGAACCCCGACAAUAUGGGACAGGCCAGUUCUACAUUCCAGGUACGGCCUUCUAUGUAUAACUGGACUGAAGAAGCCGAUUCUAGUCGUGGAACCCUUCGCGGACUGCGGGCGCGUUUCAACGUGGUGUCUAUCAAGGCGAAUAGGCAGGCUCUUCAAAUCAUUCACGAUACCUUUUUGGAUAUGGUCCAAGAGUCUAUGACCAGCAUAGAAGACCUUGUCACGAGCCUGGCAUUUGUCCCUAUUACGGAGCGCUUCCUAACGGUCUCGGAGAAGAAUGGCGGGGACCCAAUGGCUGUCGACCCUUCCCAGGCGCCAUACAUCCAAGCCGAGCAAACCUUGCUUUGGUCGAAUUCCGCGGAUGACGAGAAGAUUGUUCAGUUUCUGAGUAACUUCAACGCCAACAUCACCGAUCAACUGAGUGGUUUGGAUAACGUGUUGUCUUCCUACCUCUACUUAAAUUAUGCGGACGACACUCAAGCAGUCUUUGCAGGAUACCCUGCAGCCAACACUGACAGACUCAAGGAAAUACGCGCCUCAUAUGAUCCUGAGAUGACGUUUACUGACCUCAUGCCUGGCGGUUGGAAAGUGGAAGACUCAGUUAAGCGUACAAGAUAUGGAAAACAGUGA